UAAGACUUGCGACAAUAGCGAAGAAACGAAGUCGGUCUUACUGAGUUGCAGUUUCGUUUUGAGAAUCUCUUUCAGCGCCGUCACGGUCAUUUUCCCGAACUGCUCUUCAUUCUGGCACAGAUCGAGGACCAAACUCUCCCCUCUGGGUCCGCUGACGUAAAGCUGGAUCACCAUGCUGCUGCCUCCUCGGGUGGGAUGAGACACUUGGUUCGAGUAGAACAGUUCUUUCUGAUCUGGCUUUUUUCAUGAGACCUCCUCCAAGCACAAGUCACGUGAUUUCUCUGAACUAUGGACGAGAUCACAACUCACCUAACGAAGAUAUCUGGAGACUGAACAAGCAAACAUGGGCUUCUGGAAUUCUAAACCCGCUGUGACCAACACGACCAUCAAGAACACAUCUACUGAGACACCGACCAGAACCGACAUUACCCGAACUGCUGAGGAGAAAUGCUACGACCCGAAAGACCCCGACCUGAAGUUUGUGGAGCGAGAGGACGAGAUGGACGUCUUGUGCGUGGGCUACAAGUCUCCAAGAGCGCUGAUGUCCUGCGGUCACUCCGUCACCCCCAUGUCACUCACAAGUUACUGCCGUCAUUUAUUGGAAGAGGGGAGCAGCCGAUUUGAGUGUGCAGUCUGUGUAGGCCGCUGGACGUUUCAGGAGGUUCAGAAAAUGGCUCGUCUUUCUCCUCAAGAGGCGGAUGACUUUGUCAAAAAAAUGUGGAAAAAUUAUAAAAUAGAGUGUCAAGUCAAGUCAUGUCCAGGCUGCAAGUCUUCUUUCCUGAGAACCAACCCCAACGACCUCAGUGUCAAAUGCACAGUUUGCAGUGCUGGUAGAGUUGGCAUUUACAUCUUCUGCUGGCAGUGUUUGAGGGAGUGGAGAGGUCCAGCUCCUCGAGCAGACCGUUGUGACAACGAAGGUUGUGGUACAAUGUUGCUUGACAUAUUGAAAGAGUGUCCAAAUAUUGAGUUUGAAAGUCUAGCCUUAGCAAGGCUCAAAGGAUGCCCCACCAUACGGGCCUGUCCUUUUUGUGGACUCCUGGUGGAGCAUGAUGCAAGUGGUUGUAAAUGCAUCACAUGUGAACGCUGUCAAGUGUCUUUCUGCUUCGUUUGCCUGAAGACUGAAAAGAAGUGCUCAGAAACCAGCUCUCCUUUUGAAUACUGUGAUUUGGCCCCAAGACAAACCUCUAUCCCAGCUAGACAAAAUAUAUAAAAGGAUGCUACAGUUUGAAAUCGUGGAUUUAAGAUUAUUAAGUAUUUGACUGGAAAACUGGAAAAUGAAAUAAAUGUUUUGCUCUGUACAAGUGCUGUUGUAAACUAGACGAUCAGAACGGAUGUAAAGAGCGUGUUUUCUGCCACCACAUCAGGAUGAGGAAGCAGCUCAUUUACACCGCCUCUCUCCAGUGAGGGCCCUGGCGGUUUGCGUGGACCGUAGCAAAGCAGUACAUAAAUCCGGGAGGUUGUGUGUUGUGGUGGUCAGUCCACUGGGAGGGCGGAGACCACGCCACGUUUGGCUCAUGGGAAAUGUGGAGCUAUCUCCAGAGCAUAUGAGGUCACAGGAGCUGAACACCCUGACGGGUUGAUGUCUCACUCAACCAGGGUGAUCUCUUCGUCGGCAGCCUUGUUUAGAGGUGUGUCCGUGGCAGACAUUUGUGAAGCUGAAUCCUGGUCUUCAGCUUCUACUUUCGCUCGAGCUUAUCUCAGAGAUGUGGCGUCGGGAUCUGGGGCUCAUUUGGUUCUACAGACAGUUUCGGGACCACCCUGAGAUGGAUCCUGAUGGUUCUUAUGUGGAGUGGUUGAGGGCCAUGCUGGGAGGGAAUUCAUCUCGACGGUCUUUGGCGUGGUAUUAACCAAAAGUGAAGCCCGUUAGAGGGCGGAGCACGUACGACAUAGAAAUAGUAGUUACCUGAAUGUAACUAUGAAUACAUGCAUGGCCCUCUAACGGUGCGCCCAGCAGGCCCUGUUCUUUCUCUGAGUUUCCAGAAGGAGAUGAGCAGUGAGUAACAGAAGAUUUUAUUGGGAGAGGUGGAGCCUACCUGGGCAGAGAGUGAAGUGAAUCAAUUCUCAGGCACGAGGCAGAGCCUCGGGCUGGAUUAACCAAUAGCGAAGCCCAUCAGAGGGCGGAGCACUUGUGACAUAGAAGAGUCUGUCGGCUCAAACUCGCCUGGACAUGGUUCUGGGACUCCAUAGCAUGUCUUAUGGCCAAAGCAGCCGGCUAGGUGUUAGCCAAAGUCGUUGGCUGUUAAGUCACCCGGGUCACACGACUCAGGUCCCUCGAGCAACAGGACUAGGAGCGGGCAGUUUAAAUGAAGCACUGGGUCACUGACAAUCAAAGCACUUGAAACGGUGCGUUCACCGCACUCAGGGUGGGAGGGAGCUGCAAGAGAAAUGCCAGACAACACAAACUCUUAGACAGAGAAUAGUGUCUGGACAUCUAUUGGUUGACUGUAAAUGACAGCGGCCCUGGGGCUUGGGUCCCCUUGCGUUGCUGCCCUAGUAGGUGUUAUUGAAAUGAUAUUUGCGAUGCCUAUGGAAAGGUUUUUGUUGGCCAUCAUGGCGAAUGGUUUAGGCUUGAUGAAGCACCGGUGAGUAAGUGCAUGAGUGUGUUGAGCAUCCAAUUAAUAAAGCAAGCACCAAAAUGAAACUGUUGUCUUCAUUCAAGCUCCCAAAAUAACAAAAUUGGUGAGCAGGAUUAUAAGAACGCUACGGCAGUGAAGUCUGGACGGACACAGGUCGUGAGCCGACAAGUAACGGGACGUUUUUUGGCGGAGGUGCUGGGCACGUCAGACUACGGAAGAAGUUGUGUCGACAAAGCAAAAAUGGCUCUGCAAGUGGAACGAGUGGAUGAAUAUAAUGAAAACAAGGUACAUUUUGAGUCAUAUGUGGAAGUGAAUGUUGGCAAAUGAUGUCAGUAAUGAGUAAGUGAAUUUAUGCGCCUUCCACUCUGUGAUAGUGGCGGCCACUCACAAACUUCUAAAGAUUCUGGUUUGGCCAGCAGCGCCCGGCACCUUACAUUAAUACCGUGUGAAGAAUGUCUGGCAGCAGCAUUAUUGACCAGUGCAAAUUGUCAUUGGUGAACGUUUUUGUUUUCAGAAACGUAACCAAAAAGUGAAUCGGCUUCUGAUCAUGUGGUGCCUUUGAAAACACUGUGAUGGACAAGAAGAAAUAUCAGCACGACAAUAACAAAAUCUUUGAACAUGUCAAUUUGACAAAUUUGAAACCUAAAUAGUAACCAGUAGUGGUAUCACACACGGUCCGCACAAACCUCCUCCAGCUCCUCCCGGGGGAUCCCGAGGCGUUCCCAGGCCAGACCGGAGACAUAAUCUCUCCAGCAAGUCCUGGGUCUUCCCCAGGGUCUCCUCCCGGUCGGACAUGCCCGGAACACCUCCCCA